AUCCCAAAUCCCAAUAAACGUGACUCAGAGGUCAGAGCUCCUUCACAAGACGAUGGCCCUCUAAGACGCGACGCGUGCUGCUGCCAAAACAGAGAGGUACGACACCGUUAGAAGGUUGCCGGAGAGAAGAGACCGCUGCUAAAUCAGCAGCUAGCAAUGACGUUACUGCUCGUAAUUACGAAUGACGUGGAGAGGAAUGCGUCGAGAGGGCUGUUACUGCUCCGUGGUCACACGGCCACCGCAAGAACGCCGCCGCUGCCAGACCUUCCGGAGGAGUUGAUCAUGGAAAUCUUGGUGAGGCUUCCGGCAAGGACGCUUGUUUCCCUAAGGAGCGUCUGCACUUCAUGGAGAAACCUAAUUUCAUCCCCCGACUUCAUCCGCAACCACCUUCGUCGUUCAUGCUUACGCGAUCCAAGCCUGACUCUGCUACGAAUUGCUUGUUACAACAGUUCGCCUUUCAGAUGCAGUGGUGUCGGAUACGACAGUAUUGGAGUUCUCUCCGUACGGUCAAUAAUAGACAAACCUUCUAGACCUACUAAAGUCGAUUACUUCAGUGGACAACACUACUACAGAAUCGUUGGUUCUUGCCAUGGAUUGUUGUGCUUUUUUGAUGAGCAUGACUACCAGAAUACGCAUGGCAUCUUGUGGAACCCCUGUACCGGAUUCACAUUCCAAUCACCGCAAAUCAGCGGUCAAGCCUUCUCUUCUGGCUUUGGUUAUGAUCAUCUCAGUGACAGCUACAAGCUUUUUGGAAUUAUAAGGAAGAAAGGGCCAUCUGGUGUUGAAUAUAGUACUAGAAUUUAUACAUUUGGAUCAACUUCAUCGUGGAGAAGAAUUGAUGAUAGCCCAUUUGGCCUAUUUGGUAUCCCACCUAACCACUUUUGUAUGCCAGAGAAUGGGGUAUUUUUUGGUAGUAGUAGAGCAUGCACUAUUAAUUGGAUUGUUAAUCAUCAUGUGGUUCUUUAUUUUGACUUGGGUAAAGAGACUUAUGCUCAUUUUACCCUGCCUGAUACGGAUUCAAGUGAUUAUCUCUUGAUACAAUGCAAAAAGUUAUGUGUUUUGAGAAACUGCCUUUCUGUUUGUUAUGGGUAUUUAAGAACACAACACUCGAUUGUGUGGCAGAUGAAAGAAUAUGGAGAUGCUCAAUCUUGGACUAAAUUGGCAAUGAUUUCCGUCCACGACCUUGUACCUCUCUAUAUCUCGGAAACUGAUGUGCUUUUGGCCGUUUUUCAAUCUUGCAGAAUAGUUUUGUGUUACUUGAAUGAUGGCAGCGUACGCAUUCCUGUGAUUGAUUAUGGCGUGGAGAACAAUCCUUAUCUUUCUCAAAGUGUAGGUUCUUGGAUGGCUUAUAUCUACCAUGAAAGCUUAGUUUCACCAAAUGGUCUUCAAAGCAACUCAUCCAAAAUGCUGCUGCGUUUCAUCAAACCCAAACCGAAUCCUAUUGUCUCUUGAUGAAGCCUUUCUCGAAUUACCAACUUUGUUAUUGAUGUUAUCAAAAUUAUUUAUCUAAGUACUGUGUUUAUGUUUCAAAUAGAAUUUAACACAGACCCCAUCUAUCUGUGCCAACUUGCGUUGGUAAUGAUUAGGCAUACAUAUCAUACCGUAGGUUAAACUUAGUAUAAAGUGGCACCUUGGUGAUUCUUCAUAAAAAAUUCAAAGUACCUUCAUUGUACUACUUGUGGUGAUCGUUAAAGUAAUUUAUUUAUUGUCAGAAAUAUUUGUUGCUAAGAACAUAAUAGCAAAGCAGUAGAAUGAUAUAUGGCAUGUUCCCCAUCACUAGUGAAUGCAAUAGCUAUCCUUUGGUGUG